AUGGUUUGUGGUCAUAGUGUUGUUCUACAUGGAACCUGUUGUAAAUGCGGAUCAGCUGUGGAUGAAAGCAAUAAACUUAUACCUUUCGAGUUCCUUGCCAAGGGCUUAAAACUGAGCCCUCAGUACGUUGGUUUUAUGAAGCGCCACACCAUGAUAAACACUUUGAAGGAGAAGAAGAAGCUUCACUUGAUCCUUAACCUACACGGCACACUCUACGACUACGGUCGAAUUUCUGCCUUGUCCGACAGAGAGAAGCAUCUGGUCGGAGAGGUCGAUUCAAGAGAUGAUCUUUGGCCGAUCACCGCACGGCACCAUCAGGGUUUGAUAAAGCUGCGCCCAUUUGUUCACGAGUUCCUACGUGAAGCAAACAAGUUGUUCACGCUACAUGCUUACUCGCUUUCCCCUUCCGACCACUCCGAUUAUAUGCUCAAGUUGCUUGAUCCGCAUCAAACCUACUUCGGCCGCCGCGUCAUCUGCGGCAGAGACACGUGGAUUAAAACACUUGACCUUGUCUUGGUCGACGAGCGCGUUCUUGUUAUCCUGGAUGAUCAAUGUUCAACUUGGUGGACGGACCACACUAACCACUUGCUUCAGAUCAUGACUUACCGUUAUUUCAAAAGACCCACCACGAGUGGAUCAUUGUUUGCAAAUCUUCUUAACCACAUUAAGAGAUACUUGUUCGGAUAUGAUUGCGACCAACUGGCUCCAAAAUCAUCUUACUCGGAGGAAGGUACAGAUGAAAGCGCAGAGGAUGGAGGAUUGGCCAAUGCUCUCAGAUUUCUUACGAAUCUUCAUCAACGCUUCUUUGACGGGGAAUAUAAAGACGUUAGGAUGUUGCUUCAGCCAUGA